CAUCAGCCCCUCGCUUGCCAACGGCGCUACUGCUGCCACUGCUGCUGCACCUGCUGCUGCUACAGCCGCCGCUGGAGCAGGAGCAGAAGGAGCAGCAGGAGCAGCAGCGGCAGCAGGGGGAGCGGGAGGGGCGAUGGGGAUGGGGUGGUGGGAGAAGCUCGGCGCGCUUAUCACGUACAAGGAGGGCAGCGGCGCGCGCAAGGAGCUGGUCUCCAUCUUCAACUUCCUGCCGUUCUACCUCCCCCAGAUGGCGCCGCAAUUCCGCCGGAUCGUGUAUCUGGACGUGGAUGUGGUUGUGGUGGGGGACAUCGGAGAGCUGGCUGACGUGGAUAUGGAGGGGCGGCCAGUGGCAGCAGUGCAGGACUGCAUGCAGACCUUCAAGACCUACUUUGACUUCGACCAGCUGGCAGCGAUUCAGGCUCGGAACGACCCCUCCAAGCCGUGGAUGCCCUCGGGGCCUUUCGACAGGACCACAUGCGUUUUCAACCGUGGAGUCUUGCUCAUGGAUGUGCAACGCUGGUUACAAAGUAACGUUUCCGGUGCGAUAGAGUGGUGGAUGGCCGAAUUUAGCCGCGCACCCAAUCCCCUUUAUAAGUUCGGCAUGUCGCAGCCGCCGUUUCUGCUGACGAUUUACGACCGGUAUAAGAAGCUGGACCGGAUCUGGAACACCCGAGGCUUGGGAAGGGACAGGUUCGGCGAGAAGGAACGGGAUUACCUAGCCACGAUUGGGCUCGGGCGGCCCCCGAAGCGGCCGUUUGUCAGUUUCUGGGCGGAUUCAGCCAAUAUUUUACAUUUCAACGGGAAAUUUAAACCGUGGAGAGGGAAGAGGGAGAGGAGGGAAGGAGAGGAGGUGAAGUCAGUGUGUGGGGAGAAGAGGUUCGACUGUGCGAGGCUGUGGUGGCAGUACCUGUCUCCCGAAGCUGAGGCAGAGCUUCGGAGGAAAGGCAAGGGAAAGAAAGUAAGCGUUGCGACAAGUGCUGUGCAGGUUGCAUAG